UGGAAAGACACGUAAAACGUAAAGCAGACUCUCGCGUGUUUUUAUUGAAGUGGACACUUGGUGUUGACCUUCCUAUUGAGAAGCUUGGCAGAAAAUUUCCCUGCAGCCAUGAAAUUCAUUUCAAAAUUGUUCACGCUCUUUGUUGUACUGGGCAUUGCAUUAGCAGAAGACUAUGAUGAUAUUGGAGCUGUCCGUGCUGUAGUAAAGCUCCCUACGAACUGCAAAGAGACUCAAUUCAAGAAGAUGUGCGCAUUCUACAAGAAGAUUGUACCUAUUUAUCAAAACGUUGAAAUUUGGAGACUCAAGGACCAGAAACCUGUGGUGACGUUUUACGGAGAUCACGACCAAGUUGUUGACGAUGUGCCCGUUUGGAUUUUACCUCAAGAUGAGUGGGAAGUCGUUUUUCUCGACAACGGACUUAAAGUUAAACCCGAGUAUCAGAAAACUCACAAGCUACCCGAAACAAGUGGCCAGUGUGGAGCCCCGCCUGCCCAGCCAGUGAAAAAUGACAACUCCAAAAAUGAUAAGGACAAAUCUGCAAGUAAAUCGGAGACGAGAAAGCAGCAGACGACCGCCGCCCCAGAGAGUAGAGAGAAGAAAGAUAAGAAAAUGACCGCAGCUCCAAAAAUUAAGGAGACGACUAAAAAAAUGAAGAUGGAAAAGAAAGAGUUGUGAUUUUUGAGCCUGCAAGCUUUUCAAUAAAACUGAGAUUUUCACAUGUCACACUGAUUUAUUGAACUUCAACGGUAUAAAAAUUAAGAUUAAGAAAGAUUUGUGAUUAUUUUAUCAUAUCUUUACAAAAAGCAACUGAGUUGUAUGGUAGUAUUAUUUAAUUACGUGGAGAAAAAGUGGAAGGUUGUAGGUAUUUUUUCAUAACAGUCUUUUUUCACAAUACGUAGAGGAAGAAAAUUGAUUUAAAUGCAAACACGUGAUUACGCGAUUUGUCUGUCUUUGUCGAAAAUAUUUUUCAGAUGCACCAACGAUUAUUGAGCCACGUCAGAAUUGAAUUUGCACUAAAUAAUUUUUGAAGGCCAAUUACCAAAAAAAAAGUUAAAAAGUCUUAAUUUUGGCUUUAAAAUACCUGCUGCUGUUACUGAGCGGCGGCAGUUGGAUUGCUUGCACCUGAAACAAAUAGCAAAGUAUUUAAUUGAGAAAUUGUUUUUAAAUUGAAUUCGAAAAAUGAAAGCUUAUAACGAGCAAUUCCUUACCAUUGUCUUUUGUCUCUUCAAGAGGCUUGUCCUCAGCUUUGGCCUUCUGCUCUGGCUUUUCCAGCCUCGGCUUCUUGCCCUUGUGAGAUUUCUGGUCUUUGCGGUCGCCCUCGUCCUCACUGUCGGAGAACUCGUUGUUGGCAGUGAUCCGCUUGUCCUUGUCGCCCUGGCUCUGGCGUGCGUCAGGGUUCUCCUCCUCUUCCUUGUCCACCUGCAUGGCGUCCUCAGGGAUGGCCUGCAUUUGGACACCUGGGGCGUGAGGGAGCAUUCGCAGGUUCUCGAACAACUGGUUCUUGAUCUUGUCCAAGUACUCGGUGGUGUUUUGGUUGGUCAUGUUUGACGGACUAAUGUGCAGCUUGAAGUCGGGGCCAAAGUACUCAAAGUAGUCUGUGUAGGGAAGCUCAUUAGGAAUCUCUUCUCCGAGGGCGACGGCUGUCUCGAAUGUCCAGCAGCGAGACACGUUGCGUAUUGUGUAUCCACCCCCGCCUACCAUCAAAAGGGGGAUGUUGUACUUCUUGACAAACUCAACACACUUUCCGUGGCCCUUGAUGGUUAGGUUAAAGCAGCCGA